UUCCCAGGAGAUCCUCAGGGACCACCAGGAGCUGGUGAGUGCCAGGGAGGCUGGAGGAGCAGGGGGCAAUCUGGGCACUGGGGCAGACAGCAGUGUCCCUGAGGUGGGUCCUGGCUCCCAUGGGAACCGAAGCCAGGCUGCUGUUGGCUCUACGCUUCCGGAAGUGAGCAGCUACCGCCUGGCGCUGAAGCAGAUGGCGGGGGACCUCCUGUCCUUGCGCCAGCACAUCACCAGCCUGGAGGUGGAGAACAGGCACCUGCGGUGCAGCCUGGCCUCACGGGAGGAGCUGGGCCAUGCUCUGCUUACCAACAUGGACCUGGAUGUCAUGACCCGGGAGGAGCUGCUGGACAGGCUUGCCACCUUCAAGCGCAAGCUGGUGGCCAGCAUGGCAGAGAUGAGGAGGCUGAAGGACCGUGUCCAGCAGCUGCAGAAUGAACUGAUCCGGAAAAAUGAUCGGGAGAAGGAACUGGUGCUGCUCCAGCAAGCCCACUGGCAGCAGCAAGCCAUGCUGAGGAGGUGCCAGGAGAAGGUGGCCAAGAUGAAGGUCUUGGAGGAGACAGUGCGGCAGCAGGAGAAGGUGAUUGAGGUGAUGGAGUGGAUGCUGCAGGAGAAGCUUGCCGGGGAGGGCAGGAGCACUGAGAAGCCAGCAGGUGAAGCCCUCUCUGGGGAGGUGUACACCGUGCUGCUGGCUGAGAACCACAGGCUACAGGAGGAGCUGGCGAGGCCCCCCCACCCCUCACCCGCCGUCGCCCAGCGGCCCCCAGCCUUGCCGAGUGUUUUUGGGGGCAUGGAGAAGCUGUCCCUGCUGGCCAGGCUGGAGGAGGCACAAGCCCGCAGGCGGGUGCUGGAGAGGCAGGUGGGCAUUGCCCUCCCGUACCCCACUUGA